AUGGCAUUGCUGAAAGUCAAAUUUGACCAGAAGAAGCGGGUCAAGUUGGCCCAAGGGCUCUGGCUCAUGAACUGGCUCUCCGUGUUGGCUGGUAUCAUCAUCUUCAGCUUAGGGCUGUUCCUAAAGAUUGAACUCAGGAAGCGGAGUGAUAUGAUGGACAAUUCCGAGAGCCAUUUUGUGCCCAAUUCCUUGAUAGGGAUGGGGGUGCUGUCCUGUGUCUUCAAUUCUCUGGCGGGCAAAAUCUGCUAUGACGCCUUGGACCCUGCCAAGUACGCCAAGUGGAAGCCCUGGCUGAAGCCAUACCUGGCCGUGUGUGUCCUCUUCAACAUUGUCCUCUUCCUGGUGGCCCUCUGCUGCUUCCUCCUGCGGGGCUCCCUGGAGAGCACGCUGGCCCACGGGCUCAAGAAUGGCAUGAAGUUCUACCGGGACACAGACACCCCAGGCAGGUGUUUCAUGAAGAAGACCAUCGACAUGCUGCAAAUUGAGUUCAAGUGCUGUGGCAACAACGGCUUUCGGGACUGGUUUGAGAUUCAGUGGAUCAGCAACCGCUACCUGGACUUCUCCUCCAAAGAAGUCAAAGAUCGCAUCAAGAGCAACGUGGAUGGGCGGUACCUGGUGGAUGGAGUCCCCUUCAGCUGCUGCAACCCCAACUCGCCACGGCCCUGUAUCCAGUCCCAGCUCACCAACAACUCUGCACACUACAGCUAUGACCACCAGACGGAGGAGCUCAACCUGUGGGCGCGCGGCUGCAGGGCCGCCCUGCUGAGCUACUACAGCAACCUCAUGAAUUCUGUGGGCGCUGUGACGCUCCUCGUCUGGCUUUUUGAGGUGACCAUCACCAUCGGGCUGCGCUACUUGCACACGGCACUGGAAGGCGUGGCCAACCCCGAAGACCCCGAGUGCGAGAGUGAGGGCUGGAUUCUGGAGAAGAGCAUUCCGGAGACCUGGAAGGCCUUUCUGGAGAGCGUGAAGAAGCUGGGCAAGGGUAACCAGGUGGAAGCCGAGGGUGUGGAUGCAGGCCAGGCCCCAGAGGCUGGUUGA